UACAAAUAUAUACAAAUAAAUAUUGUUUAUGUGAGAUUGAACUAUUUGUAUGUCUAUGAAAGAUUGUAUGAUAUCAAAGGUAGUAGUAUAUACUAGUAUAUACUUACUACACUUCAUAACGUUUAAUUAAUUGAACAUUUUUAGACAUUACUCGAAAAAAAAGCAAUGGAAAUAGGGGAAGAAGGAAGAUCAUCAUCUUCAUCAUCAAGGCUGCUAGCCCUACCCCACAGCUAUGGAGGGUUACAUGAAAUGGGGUUUCUCCACUUUGAAGACCAUAACCACGCGGCGGCCGUCAUGAGCUUCUUUGCCCCCUCCUCCUCCUCCUCCUCAUCUCAUCCCCGCCAUCCAAACGGCGGCGCUCACCCCGGCGCCACCACCCAGCAGCCUCCGCCACAGCUCACUCAUGAUAGUAAUGAUAAUACCACUAGUACUAGACCUUCAUGGAAUAAUAACCACGACCAGGUUGGAACGAUGGAUCCCAAGUGCGGAAAUGCUGAAAAUUACGGUGGUAAUUAUGCAGCCGAGGGUAGCAAUUCAUCUUGGUGGGGGAGAAGCUCUUCGAAUUCCAUGGAGAAGGGGAAGGUGAAUAAAGUGAGGAGAAAGCUAAGGGAGCCAAGAUUUUGCUUCCAAACAAGGAGUGAUAUUGAUGUUCUUGAUGAUGGUUACAAAUGGAGGAAAUAUGGCCAGAAAAUUGUCAAAAACAGCCUUCAUCCCAGGUUAAUUCCGACUCCCUCCGUCUAAAAAUUAUCUUUCCGUUACGCGUUACGUUGUUUGACUGAACUUAUUUUCAAAUCGUUUUAUAUGAAAAUGGUGUGGGAUUAAAAAAUAAAAAUUACAUCAAAAGAUCUAAUCCGUAGAUUAGAGGUGACAUGACUAUAUUAUUUUAUCAAAUUGACGAUAAAAAUAGACCAACAAAAUAAAUAAAAUCUGACUCUGUGA